AUGGCAGAUGAGGAAAACCGUGAUCAACCAAUAUGGUUUUGGGCGCAUUCCAUCAAAUGCUGGGUGCUGCGCGCCUAUAACCCUAACCCUGACGCCAACGGUUCCCAGCCCUACAGUCUACACUCACACCCGAUGCCGACGACGCUCUCCACACCAGCAGAUACGGUUCCUCCCGAUCCGCCCCCCACCGACAAGCCUUCAUCCGGCAGUCUCGGCUGUCCGGCUGCCGAAAACGGACGGCACGUCCGCACGCCGGAUCGGAGCAGGGGACCACCGGUUUCAGACGCGUCGACGCGACCGACUCGGUGCGCAGCACGACCACCGCCAGAUGAAAAUUCGAGUCGUAGAAGUGUUGGGAGCGUUAGCGUCAUCCAGCGCGCAGUUGUGCAUUUUGGGAACUUGGGGUUGUCCACCAUUUAUGGAGAACUUUUCCAGAGAAUUUCGGGGCCCUCCAAUAAGACCUCGCAACUGCGAGGAACGACGGCCUUGAAGAUGACGACAUUUUGA